CGGGGAAUGUGUCACCAAUGUCGGCUUUAACUACCCUGAACAGAACAAACAGCCAUGUGGAGUUACUGGAAGGGUAAAGGGCUGUCCUUUGCCUUGUGCCAGGACUGGCCCAGUGACAUUGGCACCUGGAAAGAGGGGACAGUGGGAGGCUCAGAGGGGAGAUACAUAGAGAGGCAGCCAGUGCUUGACAGGUUCAGGGAGGGACUGAAUGUGCCGUUCUGGUAGGGAAUAGGCUCAGGGUCACCUAAGGGAGUGACCCAGAUGGAGGCGGAGAGAGCCUGGGCAGAGGUUUAAAUGUCCACUGGCCCCAGCUCUGUCAGUUCCAGCAGCUGCCCAGGUGUGCUUGUCUCGCUUUCUCGGACCCAGGAAGCUUCUAGAGCAGCGGGAGACUUGUCCCCAGGAUGAUCCUGAAGGCUGUGAUCCUGAGCCUGGUCCUGGUGGCUGUCUCGGGUGAUUCGGAAGUACUUCCAGAUGAAUGGCCUGAGAUCAACGGUGACGAGGUGGCCACCGUGGUGUGGGACUACUUAAGCAAGCAGAACACCACUGUCAAGGAGGAAGAGGAGCAGAAAUCCGAACUGACUCAGCAGAUAAAAACCUUCUUCCGCAACCAAUGGUUUGCAAGAAUCAUAAACAAGCCCUACACCUGCGACGUGACGGAGCUGGUGACCUUUGCCGUCGGCCUAUACCAUCGCCUCACCAAGGACUCGGACAAGCUGAAGGAGGAGAACCGGAAGGAGCUGGAAGAGCUGCGGGCCAGGAUGCUGCCCCACGCCCAAAAUGUGAGCCAGAGCAUCACGGACAGUGUGCGCGCGCUGCAGGGGUAUGUGUUUGACAUACCCCUGACAUAUGACAAAGAAUGAUGUCAAAAGUCAGAGGUGGAUGAUGAGUCGCCAUAGUGCGGCCAUCAUAAAACCCAUAGAGAAAGCGAUCCGUGAUCAUGCGGACAACUUGCAGUCCUUGCUGACUUCUGCCAUGGACAAGAUCCAGGAACAGAACCGGAAGGACACGGGUAUAUUAGAAGUGAUGCAAGUCACGUACAUAAUGGAACUCAAGGAGAGACUCAACCGCAGCGUGGUGGAGCUGGGCCGCAGCCUGGCCCCUUUCGCGCAGGACGUGCAGGACAAGCUCGACCACCAGCUGGAGGGCCUCUCCUUCCAGAUGAGGAAGCGCGCCGACCAGCUGCAGGCCAACGUCUCUGCCGGGUACCAGGAGCUCUGGCCACGGCUGAAGGCCCUAAUAGAGGACACGCGGGAAACGCUGAGCGGUGACACGGAGGACCCACUGAAGGCACUGGCCGAGCUGUACAAAAGACUGGACCAGCAGCUGGAGGAAUUCCAGCAUACUCUGGCCCUGUAUGUAGAGCCUUUCGGAAACGGGAUGGUGCAGCUGGUGAAGCAGUUCGGCCAGAAGCUGGGCCCCAACCCGGGGGAUGGGGAAGACUAUUUGAUCUUCCUGGAGAUGGACCUGAAGGACAAGGUCAGGUCCUUCUUCAACAGGAUCCAGAAGGAGGGUCACGACAAGCGCCUUGCCCUGCAGAAUCAGGGCAAGAACCUGACCCUCCUGGAGCAGGCAGGGAGCGCCGCCCCUUCGGAGCAGAGCCCCGCCCAUUAAGAGAAAACCACGCCCUCUCCGCUGAGCCCCGCCCCUUCGAGCAUAACCACGCCUCUUAGUCUUAGCCCCCCCUCUUUGGCAUAGAAUCCAUCCCUUUGGCCCAGAAAUCUGCCCCUGUAGAGAGCUGAGCUGUACCUGGUGCUUCAGCUCCUCCCAUGCCAGAGACUCCUGCCUGCUCUGACCCAUCUCCCUGAGGGCCCCACGUGGGUCUGGUUUGAGUCCGGGAACACUGGCCAGUGGGAAGGAACUUACCUUUUGCUACUUAAUAAAGCAGCAGAAAAUUAGCCUGUGU